AUGGCGUUAAAAGAAUUUGGAUCAGAGGAUCCGCUCAAACGGAACAAAAUCAGUUCAUUAGAUAAAUGGCUUGUAUUUAAUCUAAUGAACGAAGAGUUUGUUCAUAACAUCCGUUCAUUCAUUAUAUACGGGAAGACAGGCAAUGAAAUGAUUGUUGUGACCAAAGAUGAUGUGGUCUUUCAUAUGAAUGUCAAUGAAAUCACACAAAUGACUGAAUUGUCUGAAUUGAGAGGACAGAAUGUGAUUAAAAUUAGUUCGGGUACUAAUCACUUGUGUGCCCUCACAUCGGCGGGUGAUGUGUACACGUGGGGCGAAAACAUUCGAUUCCAGUUGGGAAAUGGAACAGACAUUUCAUCCAAAAAUCCAAUGAAAGUCGAUUCAUUGAUCGAAAAAAGCGUUUCCAUUGUGGACAUGGAUUGUGGCGAUUGUUUCACUUUAGCGCUGACAAGUGAUGGACAGGUGUACGCCUGGGGUUGGAACAGCUACGGUGAACUCGGGGUGGGAUACAGUCGACCACUAUCACUACCACAGAGAGUUUUUGGUCAUCUCACUGAUAAGCGCGUGACAUCCAUUGCAUGUGGUUUAUAUCAUUCAUUGGCCGUAACUAUAGAAGGAGACGUUUUUGCAUGGGGAUAUAAUAAUAGUGGUAGUCGAGGUUUGGGUCACACCAACGACCAAUUUUGGCCGGUUCAAAUCUCAUCUCUCAAGGGUAUCAAAGUGACCAAGGUGGUGGCCGGAUGUAACUAUACUAUUAUUUUGACAAACAAUGGCUGUGUAUAUACUUUUGGCUUUAACCACGGUCAAUUGGGUACCGGUAAUAAAACAACUCAGACAUCGCCGUUCAAAUUGCCAAACGACAAUCUGGAUCCGUUUGUAGACAUUGCAACGCAUAAAAAUAACUUUAUCGCAGCGGCCGUUACGUCCAAUGGAGUGCAUUAUGUUUGGGGCGAAUGUCGCAAACCGGUUGGCCUUUUGCUCACACCUACCGUUGCAAACGUGACCACAAUGUAUGAUGUGUUCGGAUUGUAUGGCAAAAUACGUGCAAAUAAUCAUUUGUUGACAGCUAAAGGUCUAACAGAGAAUCUCACGAUCAGCAGCCAAUCCCCGGCUUUUGACGAUCCGAUAACCAGUACUUUCCAGUUUGUGAUCGACGGCCACCCCAUACAUGUCCACAGAGAGUAUUUGAUUAUACGCUGUGACGUUUAUAUGAGACGCUUGUUAGACACAAAUCAAACAAAAAUUGAGAUUUCAAACAAUUCUUAUUUCGCAUUCAAAGCAUUCCUGCGAUAUCUGUAUACCAACGAUGUGUUUGUGGCGCCGGAUAUUGCGGUCGAGUUAUUAGGUUUGGCCGACACUUACGCCGAGACAGACCUCAAGCGAAAGUGUACUCGAAUUAUAAGUAAAAGCAUUACAGUUGAAAACGUGGCCAUAAUAUACGGGGCGGCUGUUAAACACUCGGCGCCAGUACUUCAGGAAAUGUGUUUUAAGUAUUGUGUGCAACACUUCGAUGAUGUGAAAGGAACGCAGGCUUACGAUAAUUUGGAUCCCUUUAUUCGCAUUGAUUUUUUGAUUAAAUUUAAUAUAAAUGCGAGCGCUUUGAACAGUGAUUGA